CAGAUUUUUUAGUCUUUUAUUGUUUCGGAGUGGAAAACGUUUGUCGGUGACAAUCAGUGCGCUGAAAGCCAGCCAGAGCCAAAGCCAAACGGCAAAUCAACAAAUCAACAAAAGAUAACCAGCAAACGAGAUAAUCAACUGCGAGCGUUCAGUUAGUUCGGUGUGUCCAACAAAUGAGUGAAGCACCCACUAAAUAACGGUGAAGUUUUGAAGAUUUUCGCAAGCAAAAGGGGUGAAGAAAUUUUCAAAACAACAACAAAGGCGACCAACGCCAAGUGAACGACCAGAUAACAGUAAAACGAAUAAUUAACCAAAAGAAAAUCGAAAAGUUACAUUUUUUAAACGCAACUCGGUUUUCUGAGUAACAACAACGUCAGCAACAGCAAUUAUCCGCUACUCGCUGCUGCCCUUGAAAAUACCAGCAACUAGAAAAUGAUUGAAGUUGACCCGGAAAUUACCAAGCCAUUGAACUUGGCUAACUCAGCUGUUUUGCGGGCCGUUGAAGAAGAAGAGCAAAUGAAAUGCGAUGUUGCUUGUGAACGGCAGAGUCGCCCGCGGCAGCGCAGGCCGCAUCCCACAGCAUGCGAAUUCUACGAGCAGUACUAUGACCAUGCCGUGCACACUCCAGUGCACCAGCAGCAGUUGGAGCAAAUCAAAACGCAAUACCUGUGCCAUCAGCACGACAUCACCAUUGACCGUGAUACGGUGUUGAAGAUAAAUCGCCUUGCCACACGCAGGAAUUUGCAUAAACGCGACCACAGCUGGCCGCCGCCGUGCAGUGAUUACGCCGAGGGGAGUGAAGCAAUCGCUUCGAGCAGUGGGGGCGCUGAGGAGGUGGGUCGCGGAACGCAAUCACUCACACACUCGCGCAGUUCCUCGAGCGAACAGCAAGCCCAGCAAAUGCGAUAUGAACAGCAUCUAGCACAGCAACAACGAGCCAGUUGUAACAACAAUGCGUUGCACUUUGCGGAGAGCGUGUGCAGGGGGCAUGGCAUCGAUGCGAUACGUGAGAAAUUCAAUAGUCCCACGCGAAUAAUUGAACCGACGCCCACCGAGUUGCGGCAACGCAAUAAAAUGGAGCAAUUGCAGUUUCGAAAGCAAAAACUACAGAAAAAUGCGACAAAUAAAUCAGCACGUGUCACCGAUAGCUCCCGCGAGACGCGCGCGAACAUCUCUACUGAUGGCGAUGUUGGCAAGGCGCAGCAAACAUUGACAAAUGUGUACAAUAACAUGGCUAAUACAUCAUCGGUCAACGCGGCUGCAGAUUCUUUGUGGUCCGUCAUCGCGCCGAAGGCAGCGGUAACCACCAGUUGGCCUGCAGCCAUGAAAAAUGAUGAGGGGAGUGGGGAAUCGACUAAUAUUGCCACCACUAGCAGCUCUGAUGCUGCAGAUUACGGCACCCCGGUGGCGCGCGGCUUCUCCGCACCCGAAACUAAAGCGGCCGAUGAAAAUAUUGGGCUGGUGGAGCCACGUCGCUAUUACUUCGAACAAUUGGCGCGUCGCGAUGAAGGGACACCUACACCUAAAAAAUGGCACAGUUAUGACAAUAUUGUGGCAGCCACAUCGGACCAACUACAAAUCACCAAGGAACGUAUCGCAACAGCCGCCAUCAAUAAUAAUAGACAAUCACAGUCGCUAGAUCGUGGACGCGCGCAGCAACAGCGUCGACGCGAACAGUUGCCACCACUGAAACCUCGGUCCGCUGGCGGUCCGGCUAGUGGGGGCAGCAGUCCCGCAGCGCAUAUAACACCAGUGAGCAGUACAAGCGAAAUCAAUGUAACAACACCAAAAGGGGAGAGCAGUGCUUUUGGUGGCGGUCGCUUUGGCAUGGCAAAGACAACGCCACUAACGAGCCAUCCAUCAAGAUCGAGUGAAGGCAUGUCACCGCGCGUACAGCGGCGUGCCAUUAAAUUGGCAACUGAAAUACAAAUAUGUUACGAUGACUCGGGCGCUGAUGAAUCAUUCAGUUCAACUGCUGCACACUUGGAUGAUAAGGGUGGCAUGUCUUCCAGUAAUUCGCGACAAAUACAAACUGAAGACACUAAAGCAACGAAGCUACAAGGGAGGAACGGUAAAAAUUUGCAGUCAAACCCAGUUGGUACACAGUCCGUAAGUGACCUGGAGCACAUACCAUUGCCCUCACCACCAAAAGUUGGAAGAAUCUCAUCUCAAAGUUCAAAGCACAAGACGUCUAGCAAUGAGGAUGUAGGUUCUGAACAUUCAAUUGAGGUACAACGAACCCAGAAACCCGCCAAUCAAACUCAAAAGCAACAACAACAAAGACAACAUCAACACUGUAACAGCGAAAGGAUCAUACCAAUUGAGCUGGAGAAAGGUCAUGCAGCUGGACAUUUCAAAAAAGCGCCACGUCGAGACCUUAGCAGCGUCAGCGCGGACCAACUUUACGAUGAUGCUUGCAUCUAUUUACGCUCGAUUGAUUUAGAUGACCGAACUGUCGCUUACAUACCCGCCGCUAUUACAAUAGUACCCUCGCCACCUGAGGAAAUGUUGCAACAUGGGACAGUUGGUGAAGCUAGACGAAGAAGAGAGGAGCCUGCAGAGGCUUCAAAAUCAGCUGCAUCCCCUCAAAUAUCGCCACCGUCCAUUGCCAAUCGUGCAACGUCACAAACUCCCACCACCAUGCCAAGGACAAAUAUUCAGAAAUCCUCUGUAGCUGGCUCUUCAACUGUUAGCGAAACUAUUAAUCGCAAGAGUAAUAAUAAACCUCGUACCAAUGGUGGCUAUAAAAUGAACAUGCCACCAAACGAAGCUCAUUGCAAGGAACCCACACACGCAGGCGCAGCCCAAUUACCCAUAUACAAUGCCUCCGAUCGAAAAUUGGUUGCCUCACAACCAAAAAAGCCGCAGAAAGCAGUGGGAAAAGCCAACGAAAAUGAAGUUGCCAAAAGCAAAAUACAAGCCGCUGCAGGGCAGAGCCAACAAAGAAUACGGCCCAUCCGCCCUCGCGGCAUUUACUACACCGAUGGUGAAUACUUGUAUGGGCCAUUUGGCGAGAUGUCAGACACGCUUGAAACUCGCACCACACCAACAACAGAGGAAGCCAGAGAUGAGGCAUCCAGAUCCACAGCUGCCACAACUGACAGCAAACGAAAUUGUGCUGCUGAAAAUGAGUCGCAAAUAAACAACAAAGCCAUGAAGGCAAUACAGAAACAACAAAAGGUAGAUUGUCGCAAUACAAUAAAAAUGCAACAAGCUAUGCUGCCGCGAACGGCAACGGGGGCGCCAACUAAUGAAGGGCCUCGUCGGAAUUGUGAAGUAAUGGAACUGUCAGAAGUAGAGCUGCAGGGGAAAAACGCAGCCGAAAUAGCGGCUCUCGAAACAAAAUAUGGACGCUUUCAGCAAUCCAUUGCCGAACACCUGCGUCAAAUUGACACCUAUAUGGAAAAUGCAAAAGCCGCGCUAAAUCGCAGUUUACCUCAUCCAAAGCCAACACACGAACAGGAUGAUGGCAAAAUGUCCACACGGACAGCUGAUCCGCUACGUCAGCCAAAUAUAUCACUGCAAUCUGCUUCCCAGAAAACCGAAACACAACUCGAAGAGUCUGAGCUAGUGGACCAGCAAGGCAUCGAAGCCGCACUCCCACCAGAAAACCCUCUGCAAGCUAUAGCCCGCCACUGGCAGCAAUACCGACCGUUGCACAUCGUUAGCGUCACUGAUGACAAUCUACAUGAAAUGGAAACACUUGUACGUCCUAUUGUGCUGGAAAAUAUGCCUGUGGUUGAGCAGGCUUUGCAGGAUUUGUCCGCCAUUAAGGUUGGUGGCACAGCAGCAAAACUGACGGCCAAGUAUGCGGGCGAUUUAGGAAGUCGAAGUGGCAACGAUGGCAGUGUGUUACAGCCACUAAUGCGACGCCUGAUUGCGGUGCAAAGUAAACAGCCUGGCGUAGCACACGCAGACCCCUCAGUUAGUUUGACGGAUCGUAAAGAUAUCGAAGGAUUACUACUGGUUGAACAUCACGUUGCGCCCACUGCAAGUCUAGCGAAACGUGUGACUAUAUUGGAAAAUCUUGACGAGGCCGACGCUCAUCCUGGACGUAAGCCAAAUAAUAUCGUCCUAAUUGAAAUUGAAGGCGGCGAUAAGAAGCAUAAUGUUAGCGAUGUGAUUGCAGUGGCAAAUGACAAAAUUGAUGACAGCAAUAAUUGCAAGAGCUCAGCAGACAAGAGAAAUUGUAAUGACAUGCUAGAGCCGAGGCCAGCUCAAUCCAUGGCUAAGAUUCUUGCGGCUAAUGAAAAUGAGAAUUUCGAGCAAAUUUAUUUGUCAAAUACGCUUGAGGAAGAUAAUCGGAAGAUAACAUCCGAUACGAGCGGCAGAUUCGGGCACAAAUUAGGUGAUAAAUCAACAACAAGCAGCAACUUUGAUGUAAUCUCGGCAGGUGAAGUCACCAAUGAACAUGUUAUUGAUGUUGUAGCCAAUUAUGAGCAACUAAUGCAGUUGCAAGAAGGCAGAACAACGGCCGCGUCACCAAAUGCAACGACAAUAACUUCAACAAAACAAACACAGCAACAACAAUUUCAGCAUGUUUCACUUAAGAGCCCAGACAUUUCAGCUGCAAGUACCACCCCCAUCCCCAGGCGACGUGCAGCCACAUUGACAGGGGAAAAGCCUACAAUAAGUGCAAUUGGGACACGACCGGCAUUCACAGUAUCGGCGGCAGACGAGGGAGGAAGUGAACGUCGCAAGGCCGCGACACCCCGCUGGCAGAAUGAAACAAUGCAACGAGAGCAAUGCCAAAAACAACCUCAAUCACACUUAUCUGCAGCACCGGAACCACCAACUCCACCACCACCCCCGCCACUACCUCCACCGCCUCGUGCGGGAAGCUUGCCGAAAGAGUUAUGCAAAAAUGUGGUUUCUGGUUAUAUUUCCACACAUCAAUCGCAGGAGCAGCUGGUGGAGCAGGUAAUUGACAAGCUGCAACUAGAUCUGGUAUCACAACGGCAAUGGGAACAACUAAAGCAAGUGAAGCCAGAAAAACCAGACAACAAUAAACGCUUAGCUGGAAUCGACAUCGAAACCUCAAAUCAAGAUCAUCUCAGAGAUCCGUUAGUUGAGCAACGACAACCAUCCAAAGAAUUCGCAAUGCAACAACUAAAUCAACAGCAAUCAGCAAUUUUGCCAAUAACGAAGAGUAACCAAACACCGUGCGACCAACAGAAUGCGCAAUCAACUGAAAUCACAAUCCCAAGCAGCAACCCCCACUCUGCGCAAGAGACGAAACCAGCACACUGUGUUGUAACGGUUUUGACUCCAGACAAACGGGACAGGCGAACAAUUUCCGGUCGCCGAGGCAAAUUAACGGUGCAUAUCAAUGGAGACAACAAAAAUAAUCUUGAGUCGGACAACACGGACAGUUUCGAUACGUACAAAGCCACCUACGAGAUACCAAGCCCCUGUUUUAAGCAGCAAAUUACAUGGAAGCAAAUAGUGAAUGUACCACAAACUGCAGACAGCAAGUUCACCACUCUUUCGGAGUUAGGCAGAUACAGCGAAGAUAACAAUGAUGUGCAUACCGAUGCGAAGCCAAGAGAAGAAGCAACUGCUAGCAAUCAAUCACUUACAGCCAGACUUCAGUUUGUCAAACAGCAAUCAAGGACUCCCUCCCCAGCCCCAAUGAAAACCCAUCUACAGCAGUCAUCCACUCGAUGUUCACGCAGUCGCUCCAAAAGUCCACGUGCAAAGCAAGCCAGCCGCUCGCCCACGCGUAAAUACCCCGCUGCAUUAAUUGAACCCAACGCACCAACCCGUGCCGCCUCUCCAUUCGGCCUCAAUCCGCUCGACAUUACCGAACUGAUUGAUGACACUGCACACGCGUACGAUGCCGCAGAUACUGACGAUCGUGGUGGGGAGCUCUCCAAACCGACCGCCAGUGCUCAAUUAGGCGGCACCAAAAUCGCCACCUCGUUCGCUUCUAGCAGGCAGUUGGCAGAGUUUGUGCCACAGGUGGAAGGUCACAAUGUUGGCUUAUUGGUGCGUACAUCCACCGGUCCACAAACCCAGCAGCUGUGGCAAGCGAAGUUGCAGAGCGUGCCACACACCACGGCCGCGCGAUGCAAUGAAAAUGCGCAAAUUGAAAUGGACAAUGCGCUCACGCACAGCGCCGACAUGCAUUAUGCUUAUACCGAGGCUAGUGCCAAUAAUGAUGGCGACGAUGGUGAUGAUGAUGUGGACUUGGACUACUGCGUCGACAGCCGGCAACAGCAUAUCGCAGAUAGUGACAAACACUCAAUAAAAAGGCAUUCGCCAGUAGUGCCGUUAUCACCAUCGUCCUCCUCGGGGUACUGGGCACGUGCAGACAGUUUGCAAUCGAUGACGAGUGAGAGGGUGCAUGACGCCCGCCGUGACGGAAUCGAGACAACACCAUUCGAAAUACAUCCACGUAGAACAGCAAAACAUUUACAAACACCGUCGGUACCUGACAGCAGUGUUGCGACCGGGUUGGAAGAACCACAUUCGCGCCAGCGGGGACACCGCCGCGAAGCGCACCAACAGGAAGUCGUCCUGGACAACGACAGCCGGCAGCAAAGCCCCGGUACCGUAGGCGAGCCUGCAGUCGCAUUGCCACGUGAGAGUGGCAUAAUUAAUCGCUCGUUCGAUAAUGUUUCACCGCGUCCCUACAACACCGUUGAAGGUUAUAAGCGCGUUGCCUGGCCGCCCGUGUCCGAGGAGCGCGUCGUUAGGGAAUUCACGCCCCAACCAACUUCUGCUCACUAUCCGGUAUCAGGCUCGCUGCCACAACAACCAGCACAACAGCAACAGCCACAACACUUGCAACAGCAGCAGCAACCACUUCAACAGCAACAACAACAGCAACAGAACGCUGCGCCAGCCAACCAGGGUAGCAUUUAUAACAACGUCAGUCGUGCUGUUCGCGAUAACUCAUCCCAUCCUUAUCAACAACCACAACAACAUCAACCGUCGGAUCAACAACACUAUGAAUCACUCCAACAACCCAUACAAUAUACCCAGGCUCAAUUUAACCGCCAACCCUCACGUGAGCCGGCUGGUCCACCAUUUGGACAACAUUUAAAUGAACAAUACGGACAACCAACACCGGUCCCACAAUACCAAUUACACAAUUAUCCCGUUGAACCGCAACAACCCGAACAGCAAUAUGACCCGAAUUCCUCAUCUGGUUGGAGACCAAUCCGCCCGCCCAUGCCUAAGGGUCAAAGUGAAUUUGUAACAAGCCCUGUAGGUGGCGCGCCCUUUUAUCCGAGUCACGGCCAACAAGAACCAUCUACACCACAGUAUCGCGCCACAUCAUACGAUCAAUAUCAAGGCCAACCGCAGGCACAAAGCUACCAGCCACACCAGGGCUCGCAGCCUCCUUAUACCCAACAGCCCUACUAUCAGUCGCAGCAACAACAGCAGCCAUCUUGGGCACAUAAUCAGCCUAUCCAGCAAUACCAACCAGCUCAGGCGCCUUACCAACAGGGACCUCCACAGUCGCAGCAGCAGCAAUAUCAAGCUGCUCCUCCAUCUAAUUAUCAAUCGCAAGCAUAUCAUCAAGCAUCUCCUCAACAACAACAACAACAACCACAACAACAAUAUUCGACUUUACCACAAUCCAAUCAAUAUAAUUCUUAUUCACAGCCUCAACACGUUGGCCAGGAUCAACCCGAUCACCAAGCGCCAGCACAGAGUUUGCCGCAAGAUUAUCGCGGCGGAAGUCCCGGAAUUAUAACGCUACGCAAGGAAGCGCCGGUUACACAAAAGCCAGCCCCCGUUUACAACGCCCAACCAGCGGCCGUUAGCUUUCAAGGAGGCAGCAACAUGCGCGGAGAUUUGAAGUGGCCACCACCAGAAUAUAAAGAAGCCGCCGUUCGCGAAAAUGAAGAACGCCGGAAACUGGCCCAGGGACCAGUAUGCCGCCCACGGAAAGUCAAUCGCGAUUACACAACAUUCUUCGCUAAAAACGCACUGAACAGCUACUACCCCAGCUACAAGGUGCCACCAGGCACCCAACACAUGUUGUCUUAAAAGAUAUGAAUUCGAAAACCAGUUUGCUGGAACCAGACCCUGGAAAAAGUGAAUAAAUCAAAUUUCAAUACAAAAACCAAAAAAAAAAAAUACUUCACAAAAAAUGCAAAAAAAAAAUAAAAUAAUUUUCAUAAUGACAUUGAAAAGUAACGAAAAAUGUAACUAAUUGUACGUUAUAACGAAAUGAAACAUCAACUAAUCACGAACUAACCCAAAGGAGCAUUGAAAAACAAAGAGCAAAUAGCAAAAAAGCCAAAAAAAAAUGUACUAGGUCAAAUUUACACUAACGAAUUUUGUUCUCAAAUCUGUACAUGGACAAUCGAGAUGAAUAGGGUUGGGAAAUAACCCUUCGGACAAUACGAAAUGUCUUGAUGCUUUGGAGUGUGUGAGUCUGCGAGGUCGUCGGCUGUGCUCAACGAGGCGGGGGUACGUUAAAAACUACAAAAUGAUACACGGUACUUUACACCAACAACAACUACGCGUGCCACUGGAUCAUUGAACACGCCCGAGAUGUCGGGAACCAAGCGCCAAUGCAUUAACAUUAAUCUAUGUACAUACCUACACAUAUGCAAAUGAACGCUUGUGUGUAUGUAACGGUUUUUUUAGAUUUCUUUUAAUUUAUAACCACAAUUGACUCAACUAUCACAAUCUUGCACGCAUGUAUACAUCGUACUUCGUGUGUGAGAUGGGGUGGUUGAGGAUUAAUUUUCAUAAAAAAAAUCAAUUUUUAGUAGUAAGUGACUCGAUGUAAAUUAGUUUUGAAUACAUAAAUACUUGGAAACCGUCCUAAGGCGAACUCCAUCUUAGGAUGUUGGCGAAGAAAAACAAAAGCGUUCCACGAACAUCCGACGCUGAACUGAGUUUUCAAAUAAAAUCAAAUGAAAAUACCAAACGGAAAUCUACUAUCUAAGCAAUCUACAAUACAAAAAUUCUGAUACGAACUAUGGCAUAUUGAUGAGGCUUUAAACGAUUUUGACAUAACGGAAACAUUUUAACUUUAAUUUAAACAACUCUCCUUCGAAAGCAAGCAACAUGUUCAUGUGUCACUUGCAAAGAAGUUGUCUUUUAAUUUCAUUUAUGAUUUGCUUAUCAUUUCAGUUGCAUCCACUUUGCAACAUAUUUUUAAUUAUGUUUCAUUUCAAAUUGUUAUUGCAUAAAAAAUACAAAAAAAAAUAUAAAUAAAUAUAAACAAUAGUUAAUAUAUUAAUGAAAUACAUAUAUAUUAAAUAUUAGUUUUCUCCAUUUAUUAUUAAGUCAAAGAGCAUACAUAUAAUAUAUAUAGAAACAGUUCGCAACAGCAACAGCAUGCAAUGUUGCAGACCCUAGUUGUAAGAGUAACAAAACGCAAGAAAAAACUAUUUAAGUAUGUAUAUGUAUAUAUGAAUAUACGCAUACAAGAAUGUAAGAAGAGGAGCAGCUGAAGUUCAUGCACAACCACAUAAUGGUGGUGGGUGUCCUGAAAGCACUAAGAUAUAUUUACAAAUGAAAAAUCAAACUUAUGUAACAAUGUAACCGAUUAACUACAUCUACAUAUGUACAUCCAUCAGAGGUGUAAACCAAUAAAUAUUAAGAAUAAUUCAUGAAAUCACAUUACCUCAGUGGACGCAAUUUGUGCCAU